GAGCGAUACAGACAGACUGGCAAACACUCCCGCAGUUACGCAGAACAACCCACGGACAUGAACAGCAGCCUGGCCGGAGAUGAAAUUGGGAAGCUCUUUGUGGGCGGCCUGGACUGGAGUACCACGCAGGAGACGCUGCGGAACUAUUUCUCUCAGUAUGGUGAAGUAGUGGAUUGUGUUAUUAUGAAAGAUAAGACCACAAACCAGUCCAGAGGCUUUGGGUUUGUGAAGUUUAAUGACCCCAACUGCGUUCGGACAGUGCUGGAGACUAAACCCCAUUCCCUGGAUGGGAGAAAUAUUGACCCAAAGCCAUGUACACCAAGGGGAACGCAGCCUGAAAAGACGCGGACUAAGGAAGGCUGGAAGGGCAAUAAGAAUGACAGCAAUAAAUCAAAGAAAAUUUUUGUUGGUGGUAUCCCUCACAACUGUGGUGAACCCGAACUCAGGGAUUAUUUCAGUAGGUUCGGAGUGGUCACUGAAGUGGUAAUGAUCUAUGAUGCGGAGAAGCAGAGGCCCCGAGGUUUUGGAUUUAUUACUUUCGAGGCCGAACAAUCAGUGGACCAGGCUGUCAACAUGCAUUUUCACGACAUCAUGGGCAAAAAAGUGGAGGUUAAGAGAGCGGAGCCUCGUGACAGCAAAACCCCAGGGCCAGGAGAGCCGGGCGCUAACCAAUGGGGACCCAGGGCAAUGUUAAGUGCAGCCAAUGGCUGGGCAGCUCAGCCUGCACAGGGCUGGCAACAAGGCUAUGCCCCUCAAGUUUUAGGAAUGUGGAUGUCGGCAGGCCAGCCAAUAGGUGGGUACGGGCCUCCUCCUCCAGCUGGCCGAGGAGUCCCACCACCACCCCCCUCUCCCUUUAACGCUUUCUUAGUCACCACCACCCCCCCUGGAGGGUACGGGGCGCCACAAGGAUACCCUCAGCCAGGCUACGGCACCCCACCCCAGUAUGGUUAUGGAUUUGGUGCCCCCCAAAAUCCUGCUGACCAGUUUGCCCCACAAGGAGUGCCUCAACCCCCGACCACGCCUGGUGCAGCACCCAUGGGCUUUGCCCCUGCAACCACCCCCACUCAGGACAUGAACAAACCCCAGGCAGGACAGCCCGAGUUCUCCUACAACCAGUUUGGCUUGGGUAACUAUCCUCAGGACCCGUCCGGCUACGGACCAACGCGUCCUUCUCAGAGUUAUGGUCAGGCUGAGCAGGGAUAUAGUGCAGUGUUGAAACAAGAAGUUUCUACACACAGUGGAAAGACAGUCUGUGAACCAACUCAAUUCUGCUCCUAUCUCUGCAUUGUGCCUACAAAAUCAUUGUUACGGGCAGGACAUGAGCGUAUUUGGGCAGAGCUUCACAGACCCCAGCCAGCAAGCACCUUCCUACGGAGCGCCUUCAGCACCAGCAUCAGGGGGCCCCCAGCUGGGGGGCAGCAGCUUUGGGCGAGGGCAGAACCACAACGUACAGGGCUUCCAUCCUUACCGGCGCUAGAGGCACGCACACCACAGAGAUUCGAACAAUAAUACGACGUCAGGGAAAUAAUUCUGUCACAACUGGAUUUCUGCUGGUAUAUUUGUACGACCAGGGAUUCUGAAUUUGAGGACUUGGUUUUUUGUGACAAUCACAUAACAUACUUAAAUUUGGGAAAUAAGCAAAAUCUUUUAAGUUUUUAUUUUAUUUUAUUUUUUAUUUAAUAAUAUAAAGCAGAUGUUCUAUUUUGGGGGAGUGCAAUUUUUGGAAUCGAUCAGACUGGUCCUUCACCCACAUCAGCACAAAUUCAAACAAACAAAAAAUUCUACUGGCCGUAAACAUUAACAGGGUUUCCAGUUUCUCUCUUCAGCUUUAACUCAACUUCAGGGUUUUUCAUUUUGUGAUUUAUUAUUAUUAUUGUUAUUAUUAUUAUUAUUUAGUAGUAGUAGUAUUGUUAUUUUAAUAUUAUUGUUUUUUCUGAGCCUUUUACCAUAUAUUGUAAAACUUUGUUUAAAGAUUUAAAAAGUAUAUAUACAUUUAAAAAGACUCUGCAGUUUUUUAAAAGAGAAUUUUGUACUAGAUGUACGCUUGGCUUGUUUUUUAAUUUAAAGAUGUAGAUUUCCCUCAGGUGGCGCUGUUUUUUUGUUUUUUUUAGUGCAUUUCAUGUUAAAUGCAAAUGAUAGAAAACCCCGUUUCAAUAAAAGAUAACCUACAUUUUGUUUAAAAAAAAAAAAAAAAAAAAGGUUGGUUUGCGUGUCUGUUUCUAAGAGUAGCACCAUUUGUGUUUUUUUUAAUGGGUGAUGUUACAUUACAUUACACACAAACUUGAAGCUUAGUCACACACACAUCUAGGCUUUCCUGUCUGCGUAUCCGGUCGGGAAUCAUUAAUAGCCAGUGUUAAAAGUGUUCACAUCCAUCCCCUGCUCGAAGGAUGAGAUGAGACCUCUAUGUUACAAUUACAGAACAUGUGCUGCUGUCAAAUGCAGACAUAAUAACAGGGUUACCAUGGUAUUCAAGUUCAACAUUUACAUAAACAACCUGUUAUAUAAAAUGUGUUUGUAUUUUAAUCAAACCUUGUAAACUAAAGCACAGCAAUUACAGUCCUGGAGUGAUUUCUUUAAGUCAAAUAUCUGACGCUACUCUAUAAUGCUUUUAUUUCACUUUGUAAGAAUACCAUGAACCUAGCAGCAUGGCUCAGUGACUCUUCACCACAAGAGGGCACGUUAACCCAAUGAGCAAUGCCUUCAUACAGCAUGUGCAGCACAGUCAGGGUUGCCAUGUCUGAAUUUUGAUGCAGUCGUGGGUUUAAAAUGUUUUGGCUACUUUGCUUCUGCAGAUGUUGGCGCUUUAAAAUGUUUUUACAUGCAUGGUCCAAUCAAAAUAAAAUAAAAAAUAAAGACAAAAAGGGG